CCUCUCCAGCAAAACCCAUUCCUUUCUCUUUCUCUCUUUGCUUUGCUCGGCGGAGGAGAAGAUCGAUGCCGGCGGCUAUGGACCUCUCCCUCCUCCUCCCCUCCCCUUCCACCCCUUCCCGCAACCUCCUCUUCUCCCCCUUCCCUUUCAACCCUCUUCGCCCCAAAGCCCUCUCCUUUCGCCGCCGCACUCUUCGCCGAUGCCGCGUUUCAGCGUCCUCCGUAGAUCCCUCUGCCUUUGGGGGCAUAAAGGAGCUCUCCGGUCCCCAGGUCAUAGUCGACGCUCUUCCUCCUCCGGCGAGAGUGCUGAGCUCUGCUGUCCUUGUUGCUGCCGCGUUGGCGGCGGGGUUUGGGUUAGGUUCUCGGUUUGGAGGUAGCCGCGCGGCGGCUCUCGGCGGUGCUGCAGUUCUUGGAGCGGCUAGUGGUGCUGCGGUGUUUGCUCUGAAUUCAAUUGCCCCGGAGGUCGCCUCUGUGAGUUUGCAUAAUCUUGUGGCUGGGAGUGAUGAUCCGAUGGAGUUGAGGAAGGAGGACGUGGACGGAGUUGCGAAAAAAUAUGGUGUCAACAAACAAGAUGAGGCCUUCAAGGCAGAGCUUUGCGACUUGUAUAGCCGGUUUGUGUCUUAUGUUCUUCCACCUGGAGGUGAAAACCUCAAGGGCAAUGAGGUGGAGAUGAUCAUCAAAUUCAAAGAAACUCUUGGAAUUGAUGAUCCAGAUGCAGCAUCAGUUCAUAUGGAGAUUGGAAGGCGCAUCUUCCGAGAAAGGCUAGAAACAGGAGAUCGUGAGGCUGAUGUAGAGCAACGCAGAGCAUUUCAAAAGCUCAUCUAUGUUUCAUCACUUGUAUUUGGAGAAGCAUCAAAGUUCCUUUUGCCUUGGAAGCGUGUUUUCAAAGUCACUGAUGCCCAGGUUGAUAUUGCCAUACGGGACAAUGCUCAGAGAUUAUACGCUCUGAAGCUAAAAUCAGUUGGAAGAGAUAUUGAAGAGAAACAGCUAAUUGAUUUGAGAGAAUCACAGCUUUUAUACAAACUUUCUGAUGAGCUUGCUGCUGAGAUGUUCAAAGAUCAUGUUCGGAAACUGGUUGAAGAAAACAUUUCAGCAGCUCUUGAUAUCCUCAAGUCUCGAACAAAAGCAGUCAAGGGAACAGUCCAAGUUAUUGACGAACUUGAAAUGGUGUUGGCAUUCAAUAAUUUGCUUGUAUCAUUAAGCAAACAUUCUGAAGUUGGUCAGUUUGCCCCAGGACUUGGACCUAUUUCCUUAUUAGGUGGAGAGUUUGAUGGUGAUAGGAAAAUCGAUGAUCUGAAGCUACUUUAUAGGGCUUACGCAACAGAAUCAUUUUCAAGUGGAUUCCUUGAUGAAAAAAAGCUUGUGGGUUUGAACCAGUUGAAGAUCAUAUUUGGUUUAGGAAAUCGUGAGGCAGAAGACAUUAUGGUGGACAUUACAUCCAAGGUCUAUCGGAGAAGGCUUUCACAGGCCUUUUCUGGUGGUGAAUUGGAAGCAGCUCCUAGCAAAGCUGCUUUCCUUCAAAAUCUUUGUGAUGCAUUGCACUUUGAUCCACAUAAGGCUAGUGAAAUUCAUGAAGAAAUUUAUAGGCAAAAGCUCCAGCAAUGUGUGGCUAAAGGCGAGUUGAGUGAGGAAGAUGUUUCUUCUUUAUUACGUCUAAGAGUCCUUUUAUGCAUUCGUCAACAAGUUGUUGAUGCUGCACAUGCUGAUAUUUGUGGCCAGUUGUUUGAGAAGGUUGUUAAGGAUGCAAUUGCAUCAGGUGUUGAGGGGUAUGAUGCUGAGAUUAGAGCUGCUGUUAGGAAGGCUUCACAAGGCUUGCGUUUAACAACAGAAAGUGCCAUUGCCAUUGCUAGCAAAGCGGUGAGGAAGGUAUUCCUUACAUAUGUACAACGUGCACGCAGUGCUGGUAACCGCAUUGAAUCUGCAAAAGAGCUGAAAAAGAUGAUAGUGUUCAAUACUUUGGUUGUCACACCAUUAAUAUCAGAUAUUAAAGGAGAGUCUGUAACAUCAGCUGAACCAACCAAGGAUGAAUCUAAGCAAACCGAGGAAGAAGAUGAGUGGGAGUCCCUGCAAACUCUGCGGAAGACUAGACCAAGUAAAGAGCUUGAAGCUAAGCUAGAAAAGCCUGUGCAGACAGAAAUAACUCUCACAGACGAUCUUCCUGAGAGGGACAGAACCGACCUUUACAGGACUUACUUGCUUUUCUGCCUUUCUGGUGAGGUUACUGUAGUUCCCUUUGGAGCACAGAUAACCACCAAGAAGGACAAUUCUGAGUAUUUGUUGCUUAAUCAGCUUGGCACCAUUUUGGGAUUGACUGGUAAACAGAUUGUGGAGGUUCAUAGAAAUUUGGCUGAACAGGCAUUUAUGAAGCAGGCAGAGGUCAUACUUGCUGAUGGACAGUUGACAAAGGCCAGGAUAGAACAGCUAAAUGAAGCACAGAAGCAAGUGGGUUUGCCUGGUGAAUAUGCUCAAAAGGUAAUCAAGAACAUAACCACCACAAAGAUGGCAGCUGCUAUUGAAACAGCUGUGACUCAAGGGAGGAUUGGUAUACAGCAGGUUCGUGAGUUGAAAGAAGCCAAAGUUGAUUUGGAUAGCAUGAUUUCGGAACGAUUACGUGAGAACCUCUUUAAGAAAACCGUGGAAGAGAUAUUUUCAUCAGGUACAGGUGUGUUUGACGCAGAAGAGGUUUAUGUCAAAAUUCCAGCUGAUUUAAGUAUAGAUGCUGAGAAGGCAAAAGACGUUGUUCUUGAGCUUGCUAAGAAUAGACUAUCAAACUCUUUAGUGCAAGCUGUUGCACUGCUGCGACAGAGGAACCGCGAAGGAGUGGUUGCUUCUCUUAAUGACAUGCUUGCAUGUGACAUGGCAGUCCCUUCGGAACCUUUAACAUGGUCGUCGCCGGAAGAGCUUGCAGACCUGUACUGUAUAUAUCUGAAGAGUAUCCCAAAGCCGGAGAACUUGUCCCGAUUGCAGUAUAUUCUCGGCAUCAGUGAUGCAACCGCUGCCGUGCUCAGAGACACAGCUGAGCGAGGCGCACUGCCCAUUGAGAACGAAGAGGAGGAAUUCGUAUUCUAAACUUUGAACUUGAUGGCAAACAAUUAAUCGAGUCUAAACCUUCGCCCAUUUUUGGUAGUUUCGUCGUGGUUUAUAGUUUAUCUCGGCAUCGAUAAUUUUGUUUGUCUGAACUGCUGUUU